GCAAUGUUGCAAAAUAGCAUCUCCCGCAGGAUGUGGUUGGAAGUGAAGAUAAAUAGAUGGCAAUCAGUGAAGUUGGAACUCUGCAGUAAAAAGGUUCCACUUGACAGCGGGCUGAUCAUCCUGUCGCCACGAUGCGUGGGCUCUCCAAGUUUCUGCUUCUUUUUCUUCUGGCAUGCCAAGAUCAAAACGUACUUGGAAGUAAAAUCAUAAAUGGGACAACUGCCGACGAUAAGUUGAUGAAGUAUAUGGUAUCGGUGCAGGAAGACGGUAAACACAUAUGUGGAGGAUUCCUUGUCAGCAAACAUUUUGUUGUCACCCAUGGGGGGUGUGAAUUUGAUGAAGACGGAAAAGUAAUGGUUAUUCUCGGCACCCACGAUCUCAGCAAACCUGGCUUUAAAAUAAAAGAACACAUUAGAUCCACAUGCAAACCCUCAUCUGGAAUUGGGACUGACAUCAUGCUCAUUAAAAUAAAUUCCCAAAAACCAGAAAAGCUACCAAAAGAAAUUCAACUUCAAGACCCUGAAACGGAUGUAAAAGAAAAUGAAAAGUGCCAAGUAGCUGGAUGGGGUCCAGUGGAUAACAAUGACAAUAGAUCUGUCGAUCAGCUCCGUGUGGUGGACGUGACUGUCAUCAGCCCAAAGGCUUGCAAUGAUCAGAUUCCUGGACUUCGUGCCAAUGCUAUCUGUACAGGUGGAAAACAGGGAGGAUUUUGUAAGAGUGAUGCUGGUGGACCCCUCGUGUGCAAGGGGAAAGCUGUUGGAAUUGCGACUGUCAACGACAACUGUUCCUUCAGAGGUUUACCCAACGUCUACGUUGAUAUCUCAAAAUACCGUUCCUGGAUCAACGCAUGUAUUAAAGCGGAGAAAUGUUAGUAAAAUGUAACAAUAUUUCAAAAAGCUUUGCUUCAGCACACUUGUAUUGUAUUUGGUAGAAAAGGGUGUGUCUUAGUCACUGAGUGUUUGCUCUUUAAUGCAAUGGCAACAUUAAAAAUGUUUCUCAAA